CUGUGGCCGUAACCUUUGGCAAUCGCAUUCUGGGCGCCAUGGCUUGGCUUAUGCCGCUCAGUGUGACAGUAAGCACUUUUGGUAGCGCAAAUGGUACACUUUUUGCGGCCGGACGUUUGUGCUUUGCGGCAAGCCGUGAAGGUCAUUUGAUGGACAUACUCUCGUACGUGCAUGUACGUCGUCUGACGCCGGCACCUGGAUUGAUUUUCCAUUCUCUUAUCGCCGCCGCAAUGGUUUUGUACGGCACCAUUGGCUCACUGAUUGACUUCUUCAGCUUUACCGCUUGGAUUUUUUAUGGAGGCGCAAUGUUGGCGCUCAUUGUCAUGCGAUACACCAAACCCAACUAUCCAAGGCCAUACANCAUGCGUUUGUGCAGCCGCUCCAUACGCUUCCCUUCAGUGAAGAAUGCUGAUAACUGA